UCGAGCUGAGUGCAGAUGAGUCGAAACCGAGCACCAGUGUCAGGAACUCCGUUGCUGGCGACGCGAUAUACCGGACCGGCCUCAGACAAAACAAGACAUUUCCAGGAGAGCUUCUGCGUUUUCUGCGUUUUCUGCGUAAAUGUUGAUUGCGUGUGUGAGAUUGUGCAGCAAGGAAAGAUUUUGACAUGCGAUAUGGGGACCACGCGGUUGCUGCUUUUGACGAUUACAGCGGCUCUGUUGGUAGAGACGCAAACUCAGUCAAGUUGGCUUCGGUGGUUAGAUAAGCCAUAUCAAGUCGCACGCAGAGGUUUCACAUCCGGACUACUGAAAACCGGAAGUGCGUCUAAACGAGGUAUCGCCACGGCCAUGUCAGCAGCGAACAGUCUGCGGGCCACCUCUCAGCACUUCAACAGCAAGUUCCAAGAGCCGGUGCCAGACGACUCUCCGUUCCCCUGCGACACUGGGCCUGAAUCGCCCGGUGCGCGAUCAGCCACGCGACCUACCAGCGUCCACCGCCUGCGCCCGGGUGACAUUGACGUCGUCGGUGCGAUGGGCGACAGCCUGACGGCAGGCACCGGAACUGCCGCGGCCGGGUUGGUCGAGUUGGCGGUCGAGAACAGGGGGAUGUCGUGGUCCGGAGGCGGAGAGUCAACAUGGCGCGAAUACUUGACGUUACCCAAUAUCCUGAGGGAAUACAACCCCGCCCUGAUCGGAUACUCCCUCAAGGACUCGCUUGGAUCCGAGGUGAACUCGCAGUUCAAUGUCGCCGAGCCCCUCGCCGAAACCAGAGAUAUGGCGUUCCAGGCGAAACUUCUGGUUCGGCGCAUGCGCUCUGACAAGCGCGUCAACUACAAGGACGACUGGAAGAUGGUGACAAUGAUGAUCGGAAGUAAUGACUUCUGCUCAGAAAUGUGCUACCUGAAAGACAUUUCCGUCACAUCGGAGCUUCACAAAAAAGAACUCACGACGGCCUUGGACUACCUGAGGGACAACAUGCCACGGACGAUCGUCAACUUAGUGGCCCCACCUCAGCUGCGGAUUAUCCAGGAUUUCAAAGGAAAGUCAGCACUGUGUGCCCUGAUCAAUGACGUUGAGUGCCCCUGUCUGUUCGGACUGCGAUGGCAGCAUCUGAAGGACAACUUCACGCAAAUAAUGCGAGACGUACAGAAAACAGAUUUGGAAUUGGCAACCAGCGGUCGGUAUAAUUCUAAGGACGACUUCGCCGUUGUUGGCCACAGAUUCCUUACUGAGGCCACGAUACCAAACAAGAGGACACCAAGAGGAGACGUCACCGACUUCUCGUUCCUAUCCGAGGACUGUUUCCACUUCAGCCAGAAAACGCACGCAAUGGCUGCCAAUUCGCUCUGGAAUUCGUUACUGGAGCCAGUAGGGAAUAAGACACCUCACGCCGUCGAGCUACCUUUCUCACGUUUCCUGUGCCCAGCAGAAGAGAGCCCUUACAUCUUCACAGACAGGAACAGCGUCACGUGACGACAGCUUCUAACCCCAACCACAACGCCCAAAAAUGUAACACGCAUAAACUGAAAGGACAAGGGGUCCUUGAGUCCUUCGCUCGCUUCAGGCCGCUGGACGGUUUCUCGUAAAACCUGAUAUUACAGGUCCUAACAAAAGCAAGCAGCCAUUUAGAUUUGUAUAAAGAUCUGAUCUUACGUAUAAGUUGUCUAAUUAAAAUAAUAAACGUCUUAUUGACAUUUUCCGUCUAAAAGUAAUAUAAAGUAAAAUAAAUUUGUACACGCUAGAAUAAAUAUAUUGAGAGAAAUGUAGACGCUCCUUUGCAACGUUGUUCUAGGGUAACAUUUUAAUAUUUUUAUGCUAAGCAUCGUCGUUUGUGAGACCUAAUUAAUAUUUAAAUUGCGCAUGUGUGCUUUGUACUUACGAUUUAUUCCGUACUCUAGUCAGUGUGGCUAACUUUAUCAUCUAUGGAAUAUGUAUUUAUUUGAUAGUUUGUAAUAUAAAGACAAAGCCUAAUUAAAAUCAUUGGCCCCA